CAUACCAUACAUAGGUGGAGGGCUUGUUAUUCUCAGUUUCCCGCCUAAGAGAGGAUACCCCUAUUGUUUCUGAAAGUGCUGACCAGGACCCACACUUCCAACAAAAUUCCUCUACCCCUGCAACAGCAGCAAAAGCAGCAGCAGAAGAAACGGCAAUAGAUAAGUGUUUUGAUGAAUUGCAAGAUGGAUAGGGCUUACAGUGCCCCCAGUCCUGCUGAUACCAAAUGCCUUUAAGAUACAGCCUUUCCCAUCCUAAUCUACAAAGGAAACAGGAAAAAGGAACUUAAAACUCCCUGUGCUCAUACAGAAAUGAGACUGUGACAGCCGCUUCUGUGCUGUUCCUUCUUGCCUCUGACUUGUAAACAAGAUCUAGGAGAACAUGCGGAUGGAAAGUCAGAAAACUCUGCGUGUUUGAAAGAUCCUUGGGACCUCAUGCACAUCUGUGGAAACUGGAUGGAGAGAUUUGGGGAAACAUGGACUCUAUAGUCGGCUUAGUUCUCUAUGGAGUCAGCUUGCUCCUUUCUGGAACAGUGGACUGUGCCAUGGACCUGAUCUUGAUCAAUUCCCUACCUCUUGUGUCUGAUGCUGAAACAUCUCUCACCUGCAUUGCUUCUGGAUGGCACCCCCAUGAGCCCAUAAUCAUAGGAAGGGACUUUGAAGCCUUAAUGAACCAGCACCAAGAUCCACUAGAAGUUACUCAAGAUAUGACCAGAGAAUGGGCUAAAAAAGUUGUCUGGAAGAGAGAAAAGGCUAGUAAAAUCAAUGGUGCUUAUUUCUGUGAAGGGCGAGUUCGAGGAGAAGCAAUAAGGAUUCGGACCAUGAAGAUGCGCCAACAAGCUUCCUUCCUACCAGCUACUUUAACUAUGACUGUGGACAGGGGAGAUAAUGUGAACAUAUCCUUCAAAAAGGUCUUGGUUAAAGAAGAAGAUGCAGUGAUUUACAAAAAUGGUUCCUUCAUCCAUUCGGUGCCCCGGCACGAAGUACCUGAUAUUUUAGAAGUGCAUCUGCCUCAUGCUCAGCCCCAGGAUGCUGGAGUGUACUCGGCCAGGUACAUAGGAGGAAACCUCUUCACCUCGGCCUUCACCAGGCUGAUAGUCCGGCGGUGUGAAGCUCAGAAGUGGGGACCUGAAUGUAACCGUGUGUGCACGGCUUGCAUGAACAAUGGGAUCUGCCAUGAAGAUACUGGAGAAUGCAUUUGCCCUCCUGGGUUUAUGGGGCGAACAUGUGAGAAGGCUUGUGAACUGCAUACAUUUGGCAGAACUUGUAAAGAAAGAUGUAGUGGACCAGAGGGAUGCAAGUCCUACGUGUUCUGUCUCCCAGACCCCUAUGGGUGUUCCUGUGCUACAGGCUGGAAAGGUCUGCAGUGCAAUGAAGCAUGCCAGCCUGGUUAUUAUGGGCCAGACUGUAAGCUUAGGUGCAGGUGCACCAAUGGGGAGAUGUGUGAUCGGUUCCAGGGAUGCCUCUGCUCUCCAGGACGCCAAGGGCUCCAGUGUGAGAAAGAAGGCAUUCCAAGGAUGACUCCAAAGAUAGAGGAUUUGCCAGAUCACAUAGAAGUAAACAGUGGUAAAUUUAACCCCAUCUGCAAAGCAUCUGGCUGGCCACUACCUGCUAAUGAAGAAAUGACCCUGGUUAAGCCAGAUGGGACAGUGCUCCAUCCAAAUGACUUUAACCAUACGGGUCAUCUCUCAGUGGCCACCUUCACUAUCCACCGGAUCCUGCCCCCUGACUCAGGAGUCUGGGUCUGCAGUGUGAACACUGUGGCUGGGAUGGUGGAGAAGCCUUUCAACAUUUCUGUUAAAGUUCUUCCAAAGCCCUUGAAUGCCCCAAACGUAAUUGACACUGGACAUAACUUUGCUGUCAUCAACAUCAGCUCUGAGCCUUACUUUGGGGAUGGACCAAUCAAAUCCAAGAAGCUUCUAUACAAACCUGUUAAUCAUUAUGAGGCUUGGCGGCAUAUUCAAGUGACAAGUGAGAUUGUUACCCUCAACUAUUUGGAACCUCGAACAGAAUAUGAGCUCUGCGUGCAGCUGAUCCGGCGUGGAGAGGGCGGAGAAGGGCAUCCUGGACCCGUAAGGCAGUUCACAACAGCUUCUAUCGGUCUUCCUCCUCCAAGAGGUCUCAGUCUCCUACCAAAAAGUCAGACCACUCUAAAUUUGACCUGGCAACCAAUAUUUCCAAGCUCGGAAGAUGACUUUUAUGUUGAAGUUGAGAGGAGGUCUGUACAAGUGAAUAGUGAUCAGCAGAAUAUUAAAGUGCCAGGCAACUUGACUUCAGUGUUACUGAACAAUUUACACCCUAGGGAAAAGUACAUUGUCCGAGCCAGAGUCAACACCAAGGCCCAGGGGGAGUGGAGUGAAGAUCUCGUCGCUUGGACCCUUAGUGACAUUCUCCCUCCUCAACCAGAAAACAUCAAGAUUUCCAAUGUCACAGACUCCUCGGCCGUGAUCUCUUGGACAAUCUUGGAUGGCUAUUCCAUUUCUUCUGUCAUCAUCCGUUACAAGGUACAGGGCAAAAAUGAAGACCAGCACAUUGAUGUGAAGAUCAAGAAUGCCACCAUUACCCAGUAUCAGCUCAAGGGUCUAGAGCCUGAAACAGCUUACCAGGUGGACAUCUUUGCAGAGAACAACAUAGGGUCAAGCAAUCCAACCUCUUCUCUUGAACUGAUGACUCUUUCUGAAUCUCAAGCACCAGCAGACCUUGGAGGUGGGAAGAUGCUACUUAUAGCCAUCCUUGGCUCAGCGGGAAUGACCUGCCUGACAGUGCUCUUGGCCUUUCUGAUCAUGUUGCAGUUGAAGAGGGCAAAUGUCCAAAGGAGAAUGGCCCAAGCCUUCCAAAAUGUGAGGGAAGAACCAGCUGUGCAGUUCAACUCAGGAACUCUGGCCCUGAACAGGAAGGCCAAAAACAACCCAGAUCCUACAAUUUAUCCAGUGCUUGACUGGAAUGACAUCAAAUUUCAAGAUGUGAUUGGGGAGGGUAAUUUUGGCCAGGUCCUUAAGGCUCGCAUCAAGAAGGAUGGGUUAAGGAUGGACGCUGCCAUCAAGAGAAUGAAAGAAUAUGCUUCCAAGGACGACCACAGGGACUUUGCAGGGGAACUAGAGGUUCUUUGUAAACUUGGACACCACCCAAAUAUCAUCAAUCUCUUGGGAGCGUGUGAACAUCGUGGCUACUUGUACCUGGCCAUUGAGUACGCCCCCCAUGGGAAUCUCCUGGACUUCCUGCGCAAGAGCCGAGUGCUAGAGACGGACCCUGCGUUCGCCAUAGCCAACAGCACCGCCUCCACGCUGUCCUCCCAGCAGCUUCUCCAUUUUGCAGCAGAUGUGGCCCGUGGAAUGGACUACUUGAGCCAAAAACAGUUUAUCCACAGGGACCUGGCCGCCAGGAACAUUUUAGUUGGUGAAAACUAUGUAGCCAAAAUAGCAGACUUUGGAUUGUCCCGAGGUCAAGAAGUGUAUGUGAAAAAGACAAUGGGAAGGCUCCCUGUGCGCUGGAUGGCGAUCGAGUCACUAAAUUACAGCGUGUAUACAACCAACAGCGACGUAUGGUCCUAUGGAGUAUUACUGUGGGAGAUUGUUAGCUUAGGUGGCACCCCUUACUGUGGGAUGACGUGUGCAGAACUCUAUGAAAAGCUGCCCCAGGGCUACAGACUGGAGAAGCCCCUGAACUGUGAUGAUGAGGUGUAUGAUCUUAUGAGACAAUGCUGGCGGGAGAAGCCUUAUGAAAGGCCCUCAUUUGCCCAGAUCUUGGUGUCCUUGAACAGGAUGUUAGAAGAACGAAAGACCUACGUGAAUACCACGCUUUAUGAGAAGUUUACCUACGCAGGAAUUGACUGUUCUGCUGAAGAAGCAGCCUAGGACAGCCCAUCUUUUAUCUAUAUAUAUUCUGUCUCCCUUUCACUGGCAUGAGAGACCCGUGAUACCUGGAUGCCAAGCCAGCCAGCCUCUGCCCAGAGAGGUGACAUAGAAUAUGGACAUGUAUAUAGAUUGCUGUCUGUCUGGGACUUUCUCCAUAAGACCUCUGUGUGUGAAUCUAUAGUACACUCUGACUCUACUAGGACUGUAUAUACUGUUUUGAGUAAGAAUGUGCUGGACUCAGAAUGCCUGUUCGUGGUUUCAUAUGCAAUAAUAUAUUUUUCUAAAACAUGGACUUUAUAGGAAGGUGUGAGAGUACAAUUAAUGUAGUGCAUAACUCAUUGUUAGCCUGGAUAUUUUUGAUAUUUACCUAUAUAAUGAAGGUAGAAGAAAAUUUUGUUAAGAAACCUAAUGCUGACCCUGACAGCACAGGUGAGAAAAGUAGGGGAAGUGAAUGAGUUCUAACAGGACAUGGAUUUAAGUUACUUAAAAGUUCACCUAAGUGGUAUCAAAGAGAUUCUUCUCUCUCUAAACUUCUUCCCUCACCUGUAGAAGCCAUCUCAAUUUCAUUUGGUAAUCUGACAUCUUUGUCAUGUGUUUUCUGAGCCCACAAGUUGGUCCAGAAUGCUAACACUGAAAAACAGACUUAAAUCUCAUUCCAUAGAAGCCUUAGAGCUUAUAGAGAAGUAUAAGUUCCAUAAAUUAAUAGGAUUUAGUUUUAGUUUCUCUGAUAACAUUGAUGUGUUUAUUAAGAAAUUAAAAUGGGAAUCGUGGAGUUAUAUUUUGGGAGACAUGUGACAUUUAUCCUAUCAAAUUAACAUCCCUACGUGUAUUGCACAUUGUAAAAAGUUUGUUUUCAUCAGUUAUGAGUUUACCAUUUAUAUUGUAGGCACAUGUUGCACUGAGAUCAUACAGUAAGUAAAUAAAUGUCUUGCCUACUCACUUUUGGUCCAGGAAUGUGUCUCAGAGAUAUUGCCAAAUGUCUGGGUUAUACCUUCAAGAAAGUAUCUUAAGCUCACAAGAUGAGAAACAUCUUCCAGAAAUAUUCUACUGUCUAACACGCUUUCUUGCAUCACUGACAUUAGGCUUAAGAAUCCCUUUUAACUGUGUUGCAAUGUUAAUAGUUCAACAUAUUGCAUAAAAUUCCAUAUUCCUGCCGUCUGCUCAAAUUUAUGCAUAUCAGCAAUGACCAGGAAACUGUAUUUCUCCGAAACACUUUCUGUAUAUUAGUUCCUUUUUGCUUUUCAUCCAGAUGUUGUGAUGAUACUCCUGACAACUUCUGGUUUGCAUGUACACAGAACUGAACACGGAUGAUCUGAAAAUUUAGAUUAUGUAUUCAAAUUUUGCAUGUUCUUUGGAAUAUACAACAACAGCUGCUUUUUCUAUAAUAGCUUAACCUUCUUGAUUAUACCUAUUUAAAAUAAUUUAAACUUACAUCAUUAUGAAUUUCCUUCAUGUCGAGUACAAGAGAGAGAUGGCUGAAGAAGUCCUUGGGGUAGCAAGAAAAAGGUAUUCAGUGAUACUUAAGAUUCACUUGUAAAUUCAAAAUACCAAGGCAACAAAACUUGAGGUGUGAUUGCUGAGGACACAUCACAACUGUCAGAAGGCCACCAAUUUAUUCCUGGCAUGGAGACCACAUGAUAACUCAUCUCUCUGACUCAUCCAUAAUAUGGUCAAAGAAACCUGUGUAGUUUUGUAGCAUGUUAACAGCCUUAACAUUAAAGAUCACUUACUCAAAGGUCAAUAGUUAAACCAAAUCGUCAUAUUGUUUCCAUAGGCCAUUUCCACAUUAUCAACAAGCAAUUAAGAAAGAAAGAACCAACCACUUAAAAGGAAUUAGACAAUUCUAGUAUUGGAAUUGGUAGAUCCAUAGAACAAUGCCUUAAAAAAAUUGGUGAGUUGUUGAUAUGAAUCAAAGUAGCCAUACAUGCAUAAAAAACACAUCACACAAUAGCCAAAUGAUCAAAAAUUUUAUGAUAACACACUGAAAAGUUUACAUUUACUUCCAUAUAUUCUGUGAGGAAAAUCCCUGCUUCUAAAUAGGUUAGCUAAAGAAAACUGCUACAAUUUUUUAGAUAAAGAUGUUUUUAACCCCAAGAAGUAUAAUGGUUCUAGGUAUUUAGAGAGAAAAAGAAAUUUAGGUAACUGGAGAAAUGACUUUUUUUCCAAAGUCCUGGACCCAUUACUUCAACUUUAAACCAUCUUCCACUGUUAUUCACAUACUAUCUACAAAGAUGAGUCAAAUUCCAAACAACCUAAUUCCUUCUCAUACCCCUUCCCAGCCAUAUUGUGGAAAUUUAACCUUUAAAAUGUAUAAAUAAACCUCAACAAUGCUUUUC